AAUAUAGGCCUUUCCGUAUUUCGGUCUUAAUCGGUAAAAAAAAAAUCUGAAAGGAUAAAAUCUCUUGUGUUUUCGUGGUAGUGGUACAUAACAUUGCAUAAUGUUUCGUUACCUAAACUUUACAACAACUGCCAAGACUAGAGUAAUAGUUUUUGUGUUGUUUCUCGGUUCAUUAACUCAUGCUGAAGAUCGCGCUACGUUGGCAGCUUCCGUUACAACCAGCUCGAACCAAUCAACGUCUCUUGGUUCAGGUUCCACGCGGCAAAUAGCUGGUUAUGUUAAACGGAAUGCAAAUUUGAAGGAUUUAUCAACAUCAAGUUCGGCCAAAAGUUAUGAUACACCACCAGAAUUUUAUAGAGGUCCAGGUUCCACCAGCCAAACAUCAUCUCCGACAACAGGCUCGUCUUCAGCAGCAAUCAAUACACCAUAUCAUAAUCGCGACAGCGCUACAGCAAGCUUCAUCUCCAAACCUAUAAAGUUUCCAGAUCUUACCAGCCACAAAAAAUUCCACAACAACGAUCCCAGUCAACAACUCGCGAACUCUUUCAACAGCUGGCAACAACAACGCGGACAAAGCGCACAGGAUAGGAUCAGUGUGAAACCUUACGGCAGCAACGAGGUGCAUGGACUAACUUCGGGUUAUGCACCUGGCGGAGCCGGUGACCACCUCAACUACCAUGACAUACGACCCUACACAAGCAGUGGACACUACAUCGAAUACAGUCCCACACAUGCCGGUGGCCACUACGGUGCCAGCGGUCAUAGCGGCUACUAUGGCGGAGCGCACAGUGCCGAGGCCGGCGCUAUACCCUUCGACGUGUACGGCGGCAAAGGCAGCGGUCACUAUGCGGGCGCCGGUGGUGAGUACUCAUACACUUACCCGGAUGUGCCGCACGAAACGGCAGCGCACAAGGGCCAGAACGAGCUGUCGCAGAAGGCUUUGUUGGCUAAAAGUUUUCUCAUACCGCUCGCAAGCGCCGCAGUUUUGGGCAUUGCUGCGGCGUUGGUCAGCAACCCACUGCUUCUACAAUUGGGCACAGUGUCGGGCGUGCCUGUGGGCGUAGUGGGCAAAAGACGACGUCGAGAUUUGCGAAAUUUGAGUGCAGCGAAAGCGGGAUUAGUGGCGAGUGAGCUGCCAAAGUCUGAAAGGAAAGCUGCGGCGGGCGCAGAUAUGGCUUAUCGCGCACAACAUCUGCGGGCCAAGGCACGCGUAUAGUUGAAGACUUGAGUGCAGCAGGAAGCAGUAGAAAGGAAGUUGGAAGAGACGGUAAUUUAAUUUUCGUUCUCUUGCCCCUCUCUACGAUAAGGCGGCACAGUUGCGCGCAGCAUUGUGAUUGAAUUGUGAAGUAGAAAAGGAAGAGAUUGCGCUUAGAUAGUAAAAUACUCAAAUAAAGGCAGACCAAAUCUUGAUAAACCAUAAGCGAAAGUGAAAAAAACAAAAUGAAAAAAGAGAAAUAAAUAUAAUAUAAUAAUAUGUUACACA